GUGGCACAGCACCCAGUGUUGCAGACAUCGCUGGGCAGAGCCAGGGUGAAGGAAUGGGAGCAGGGUGCUCCCUCUCCGGGGUGGGGGCACUCCAACCCACAGCAUUGACCUUGCAGUGCCUCCUCUCCGGCUCGUGGCGGAGCGACACCGGCUGCCGCAUGGUCGUGUCCACGCUGGGCAAGGACAGCAGAUUCUCCGGUUCUUACCUGCCAGGACCUGCCGCUGGCAACUCGGAACUCCUCACCUCACCGUUGGAGGGCUCCCAGCAAGACACCGGGCURUUCCCACAGCCCACCUUCUCCUUCACCGUGAACUGGCGGCUCCGAGACUCAGAGACUACCCGGACAACUGUCUUCCUGGGCCAGUGCUAUGUGGACACCGAGGGGGAGGAGACCCUGCAUGCCCUGUGGCUCCUGAGAGAGGCGGGCGACAGUCCUGCAGAGGACUGGAAAGCCACCCGGAUUGGCACCAGCAUCUUCACACGGAUAAAAUAACAACAAGUGGGGAAAUCCAGGAGGCUCAGGACAGCAGGACUCAGUG